AUAGUACACUGCCUACAAUUCCCUUGCAAUGGCUUCGAAAACACUUGCAUAUGUGCUUUCAACCUUCCUUUUCCUUCUCCAACUCAACCUCUCUGCAGGGCAGACGACUGUCGUGAAAGCUGCAUACUGGUUUCCCGGCAGCGAAUUCCCGGUGUCGAGCAUAGAUUCCACCCUUUUCACCCAUCUCUUUUGUGCCUUUGCCGAUCUAGACUCCACCACCUACAAAGUCACCAUUGCUUCCACAAACGCAGUUCAAUUCUCAACCUUCACCCAAACCGUGCAGCAAAAAAACCCUUCAGUCAAAACCCUUUUAUCCAUCGGCGGCGGAGGCUCCAGUCCUUCAACCUUCGCUUCAAUGGCUAGCCAAAACAGCUCCCGUAAAACAUUCAUAGAUUCCUCCAUACAGCUUGCUAGGAAUUAUAGCUUCCAUGGCCUUGACCUCGACUGGGAAUACCCUUCCUCCCCCACAGAAAUGACCAACCUCGGCUCCCUCCUCACGGAAUGGCGAGCAGCCAUCGCCAAGGAAUCCAGUAGCACCAAUAGGAAGGCGUUGCUUCUAUCCGGAGCAUUCUUUUAUAAUUCAAACUAUUACACGUUGAAUUAUCCCUUUCAGGCCAUAUCAAACGCCAUGGACUGGAUCAAUCUAAUGGCCUAUGACUUUUACGGCCCCGGUUGGUCACCGAACUUGACUGGACCGCCGGCUGCGUUGUACAAUCCAACAAGCCAAGUCAGUGGCGACACCGGCGUCAAAAAUUGGAUUCAGGCGGGCGUGGCAGCUAAAAAAUUAGUCCUCGGCUUUCCAUUUUAUGGUUACGCAUGGCGUCUAACAAAUGCUAACAACCACGGAAUAUUUUCUCCGGCUAAUGGAGCGGUUACAUCCAUAUCCUCAGACGGGGCAAUAACUUAUAGCGGAAUCAAGGAUUUCAUAACCAAGAAUAAUGCCACGGCGGUGUACAAUUCCACCAUUGUUGCAGACUACUGCUAUGUCGGGACGACGUGGAUUGGUUAUGAUGAUACGCGGAGCAUCUAUACUAAGGUUACAUAUGCUAAGGGAAAGGGAUUGCUUGGUUACUUUGCAUGGCAUGUGGGUGCCGACAAAAAUUUCACUCUCGCUCGGAAUGCCUCAGUUACAUGGGGAUGAGCGUAGAGAUAUAGGGACUCUAUAGAUUGGAGCUUGUAUUAUCAAGAAUAAGACCAAAUUAAUUAACAUCAUGAUGAUAUGUGUACUAAGCUCUAAUAUUAGAUCCUAAUAUUAAUGAAUAAUAUCUCUGACUUCCACUGA